UCAAGGAAAAAUGGUCUGCAGACCAAUUAUCUAUAAUCUUUCCAAAUCGUCGUGUGUGAUUGUAUAGCGAUACAACGUCGCUUUUCAAAGCGACAUGGCCUUUGAAUCGAUGAUUGCUUUUUCACGUUGUGGUACUGGGUAACACGGCGAUAAAAGCUGUUACGGCAGUACGAGGUAUUUUGGACUUGGUUGACGAGUAUUUUGGACUUGGACGCAGCUAUAAAUGGAUUUGUAAGCAUAGCAGACUUUGGGGACUCCUGCGGCAUAACGAUUGCACCUUGAUUUUGGUGGAAAGUCCAGCUUGGCGAAUUGCAGCAAGCAGAUCACGGCCGGUCUUCGCUUGAUAAAUAAUUCAUUGGAGCCAGCUCGUCCCAGGGACAAAAAGCAAAAAUGGCAGACGAAAACAAAGAUAAUGAUGCCGCUGUGGCAGAUGCUCCCACGUUGCUGAAGCCUGAAGACUUGUUGGACGAUGACGCUUUGGUAGCCGCGGCAAAUGCACAGGCAGAGGCAGCUCGCGAGAAGAAAGUCGUGCGAGGGAGGAAGAAAGGUCUGUUUGUUCGGGUUGUAGUUUGCUUCAAUACAUAGAGAAACUUGCUAGGUAAUGUGCUUUCUGUGCGUGUUGUAUCUGUUGGUUCAAAUAACCCUAACGGUUACAACUACUCAUCGAUACAGGCGGAGCUUUCGGCUCACCAUCAACAGGGGGAAUCGACACGGUGGUGAAAAUUCGGUCUAUCGAUAGUGCAGGAAGUUCUGCGUCAGCCGGUGGGCGAGGGGUGAUGCUUCAGAGAUCCUCCAUGGAAGACGCUGUGCAUAAUCAUGUGAGGGUGAUGUUCAUGUUGCAGUUAGCGGCGCCGCUAUUUAAGGAUCAUUGAGCUACCCUUCCAAGACAAGUUUAGUGCAAUUAAUUUAAAGGGCGGGCUGGCUUUCAGCAUUAUGCACAGCGUCUUCCAUGGAGGAUCUCUGCGAAACUCCCAUGAACCCAUGAAAACUGGAAGACGCUGUGCAUAAUCAUGUGAGGGUGAUGUUCAUGUUGCAGUUAGCGGCGCCGCUAUUUAAGGAUCAUUGAGCUACCCUUCCAAGACAAGUUUAGUGCAAUUUAAAGGGGCUGACUUUCAGCCAAGUAAGUAGAAUCUUCUGUUUGAUGUAUCCUCAAACGAUCUCUCAUUGCCCUCGUCCCCGAUACCUCUCCGCUCCUCCUUCAUACUCCACGCUUUUCCAGUCUUACUCUACGUAGUCAUGCGAAAUUUAGUCCACUGCGAACACGAAUACGUAGACCGUGCAAUACCUGGAUUUCUUUGGCACGCUCUAGUGGAAUACGGAUUCUUCUGGUGGUUCUGUCCGGUUUUUAGCGUCAUGGGCCUAGUUUAUGCUUUUUAUCCGCCAGAGAUGAGGAUACCACUGAAGUGGCGAGCUAGUGUGGCUGCAUUUGUUUUCAUCUUCAUCGUCGGAGGAGUGUAUGUAACACUCAGCAAGAGCACGAACGCUGAUCCAAGUUCGAGGAUGAGUCUAGUGCGAAUGGUAGCCGGAAUGAGCGUGGUUUUGGGCCAAUAUUGCUUCAUCCGAUUGGUGUUGAGGGUAUGGUUGGAAUUGGAAGGUUGUGCUCGUGUUAAGCGUAGCUUUGUUUAAGAUUUUACUUUUGGAAGACUUCAUUAUUUAUUAAGUUUUAUGGAAAAGACAGGAGCAUGAAAUUCCUCACCUCCUCUUCGUCCUUUCCGUUCAUUCCCCUGGCGCAGGAAAAGCGAGCAAAAGUCCUCCGACGAACCGCUUCGAGAAUACACUGUGCGAGAAAGGAAUUUGAGGUGGUGGAAUCUCAAGUUCGGAAUCGUUUUUUUCGUUGGUUUCUACGGUGGUUUGCUAUUCGCAGAUGUCUUCUUCCCGGCGUUGGUUUUAUGGUCGUAGAAGUCUACUAGCGAGUUAGAAUCUCUAUCGUUCAGGAAACAACAACAAGUUGCAUCAAAAACUUUCGACUACUUUCCAAGGGCUAAGAAGAAGGAAGGACGCAUGCAAUAAUUAAGCUAUAUGUUGCUUAGGUCGGCUCCACCACAAGUUAUAUGUCGCUUAGGCGUCAUUUAGAUACCUCCAGAACAGGUAAAUGAAUGAAUGACCUACAAGAUGCACCUUUCUAAUUUUCGAAAAAAUGAAAGAGGUGACUGAGGACAAGGGAACCACGGGAGUCGUGAUCCAAUCCAUCUUCGAGAUGUUAAUGGCGACGUUUUUCUUCUCCCUCUACCUACCAUUCUGGGGUAAGCAUGUGUGCAAGAUCGCGCAGGAUAUUUUGAUGCAGUACUUUAUGGCGAAACAGGAGUUCACAAGAUAAAUAGAAAUAACACCAUUUUUUUGUGACCCCCACUUGUUCCAUUACAUUCUUUCUGUACUCCUAUCUCCGGCUCUAAGUAAAUAAGGACACUAGUAUCUCGCUUCCCCCUCUCCUGCUCCUCCGUGAACCCAAGACCACAUGCUUCAUACUCGACGACAACGGCGAGAAAAACACAGUCGUUUACGAGCGAAUGCAGUAUACGAUGAACUUCUUGUUGGAUCUCAUCCGAUUCGUCUACGGUCGAGGCGUCUUGUUUAAUCUCUCACGAGUGGAGGUUUUCGCUCUGCUGAUAGUCAAGGACAUUUUAUACCAGUUCUGGCAUUUUGGUACUUACACAUACGUUAAAGUUUACUAUGACUUAUACGGACAUUUUGGAACUAAUCUCUACGGGCACUACUAACAGUGUCAUCAGGGAUCCAAACAUACAUGGCACUUAUACAUAGACACUUUUAGAUAAGCAGGCACUCGUCCUGAUAGAAGUCAAGAAGUUUCCAAAGAAAAGCACUAAAGUGUAUCCCAACAGAGCCAUUCAUUCCCACUUCUACCACGAGCUUUUAAAUGGAGCACACCUCCGUCGUGAGUACCACCAGAGUCAAUCGCCACUCUUCAUUCUCAUUCUUCAUUCAUCUCCAGCCUCUCCUCAUCACACCAACAGCCUUCAAAUAUUCCGAGUUGUACAUGAUUUUCGUGCUCAAGUUGUCCGACCCCAAUGCCGUCGAAGGGCUACCCCACAUCUACCAAGUAAUCGCGCGAUACUUCCACCUUUACAACGCAGCAGCACGAUUCACAGAGGAUUUUGUGAGGUUCUUGGGUAUUCCGAAAUCUCUAGCCGUGUGCUGGGAGGAAACGGUUGACUACAACGACCAUUUGGGAGUGGGCGAAGCAAGAGAAACGACAUCAAUGCGAGUCAGGGUUGUCUUUAACAACUACGGAAUAACCGUCGUGAAUCUGCCCUCGAAGUUGCAGAAUCUUUUUAAGUUAUGUUGAUCUGGGCUAGGAAGGAUUAGUGGGUAUUUGCUGGCUUAUUCUUGACUUUAUCAUCUAGCACAGAACGGAGUAGCGGCUGCGUCUGCAGUAAACAACUCAAUAUGUUAUGUUGAGCUUGUAGUUCCUUGGAUUAUAUGGAUUGGGUUUUAAAUUGUUGUAAUCUUGAGAAGAGAUUGUUCUUCCAACAAGCUCCCAACCCUUCAUUGCAUUCCGCCGCAGAGAAGAAAAGGGAACGAGAAGCGCAGUCUUGCGCCAGUAGUCUUGUCUCCGAUGGAAUUUUUAGUAAGGUAGGAAGACUCUUCGGGUACGGUUCAGGGCCAGAAGCCGGCAGUGGAAGCAUGCAACUGGCGGAUCAGAAUAGAAAGUUGUAUAAUGUUGACAUUUAUCUUUUUGACUUUGGCUUCACAACAUGAUCUGUAAAAAGUUUUAAAGCUCAUGGCUUGGUAUAGCUAAGUAUGAAAGAUAAGAAACUAACUCGAACUGCUCCAUCAAAAUAUCAGACCCGGAGCUGGAGCAGCACCAGGUGGACGGAAAAGACGAGCUUCACUGUCAUUCGACCUAGGCGAAAAUGAGGAGGAUAAAGCAGGAAUCGCUGCCGCGACAAAUUCUGCGUCUGUUAGCAUAUUAGCCGGAUCUGUCAGUUCCGGAAGCCCAGCGUCAUCGCAGAGAUCGCCGAAGUCGUCCCCCUCAGGGCGUAGCAGACGAGCAAGCCUCUCGUUUGCACUUGAGGAUGAUCCAAUGGCUGCAGCUGACUCAGGACCAAAGCCUACAGAGGAAGAAGCCCCCAAGGGAGUAGAGGAAUCGAAGCCUAAAAGGAAGGACUCGACGCGUCGGACAAGUAUAGGUCACGAAAUGGAUAUCGAAGAGCAAGAUACCUCACUCGGCCAGCAUGGAUUGGGGGCUCUUGGCAUUUCCGCCGCCCAGCACGAGAUUCUACGGAAAAAAGGCUUUGCCGUCUUCCGAGACGUGGUGCCAAUAACUAGGGAAGAGCAAGAGCUGUUAGCAGCAGCAGUCGGCGCGUACCAGUGGUUUGUGUUUUUGCGGUAUCAGAACAGAGCUUCCUGUAAGUUCUUUACCAGCAUCAUCUUCAUCUUCGCACCGCUGUUGGCGUGUACUCAUUCUUUAGAAGCUCUUUGAGUUCUAGCUCUGGAUAGGAUGAAAUUUUAAAUUGUGGCUAAUGAUAGUUGCAAAUAAGAUGAUAGUAAAGUAGAAUAAUUUUCAUUUUUGAAGAAAAUCUAGUGCAGCAGGACCAUAAUCAACUCCUUCCGACCCGCCUCCAGCAUGGACACCAACCGUCGAUAUGGCUGGCUACAAAGGUUUGGACGACAGUCGAUACUUCCUUGCUGGUCUCACGUUUCUCGUAGUCGACAUCUUGGAAUGGCUUAUCGUCACCUUCGUCUUUCAGUGGAGGAACACUAGGGAUUUGCAUAGCAAGGUAGUUGUUUUUUCGUUUUGGAUUUUGCCCGCCGGUCCUAGGUGCUUCUGCUUCUCGUGCAGUAGCAUGUGCAGUACUGAAGAUUCAAGUAGUAGACUAUGAAGCAAAGAAGUUUACUCCGCGUACUCACUGACAACUGAAACGAAAUUCCCCACCCACGCAGGUCGACUACUGCCGUCAGCUGUUAACCAAGGAUUUUAUGACGCCAUUCCUCCUCUUCACGUUCUCCUGGACAGCCGGUGUUUUUAUGUUCAACACGAGUUGGAACGCCUUCCAUCCAGCUCGGUUAGCCAAGCGCCUAUUCGAAAUUGGUGUCUCACGAGGAGCCUCAGUUCCGCACCAGACCGAUUUUAGUGCGGCAAAUUGGAGUGCUCUGAAUGCGUGUACUGUGAAGUAUGAGGAUGAUGGCAAUAUGUGGACGAGUGCAGGUGCCGCGAACUUCGCAAUGACUGCCGGAACGAUCAAUGCGGAUUGCUCGGGCUCCGCGUAUCUGUAUCCGCGUGAGGAGACACAAAGCUUGAACAGUUUCUUUUACGGCUUUAUCUUCGAUCAUUGCAAAUGA